AUGUAUGCUCAGCAAGUCAAGAUUGGUAUCUUUGCUGCCGAUUGCUUCUGGGGUUUUGCAGUUAUUGAGCGAGAGAGAGACACGAGUGGCCAGGCCCAGCCGCAGCCGCAGCAGCAGCCGCCGCGGCGGCACGGAGGAGCCAGACACAAAGAGAGGGCCUUGCGGCCUGCGCCGCGCCGGCACCCCGCGACGCCGGGCAGGAUUCAGAAGGAACUGGCAGACAUCACUUUAGACCCUCCACCUAACUGCAGUGCUGGUCCCAAAGGUGAUAACAUCUAUGAAUGGCGAUCAACCAUUCUGGGCCCUCCAGGAUCCGUGUAUGAGGGUGGUGUAUUCUUCCUUGAUAUCACUUUUACACCAGAAUACCCCUUCAAGCCUCCAAAGGUUACAUUUCGGACAAGAAUCUAUCACUGUAACAUUAACAGUCAAGGAGUUAUUUGCUUGGACAUAUUAAAAGAUAAUUGGAGUCCAGCACUAACCAUUUCUAAAGUUCUCCUUUCUAUCUGCUCCCUUCUUACAGACUGUAAUCCUGCUGACCCUUUGGUGGGAAGUAUUGCCACUCAGUAUAUGACCAACAGAGCAGAACAUGACAGAAUGGCCAGACAGUGGACCAAGAGAUACGCUACAUAAAUUGGGUUUUCACAAUUCUUACAUUGUCUGUCACAGAGAGCUGCUUAUGAUUUUGAAGGGGUGGGGGAGGGUGGGAGUUGGUAAAGAGUAGGGUAUUUCUAUAACAGAUAUUAUUCAGUCUUAUUUCCUAAGAUUUUGUUGUAACUUAAGGUAUCUUGCUACAGUAGACAGAAUUGGUAAUAGCAACUUUUAAAACUGUCAUUAGUUCUGCAAUAUUAGCUGAAAUGUAGUACAGAGAAUAGACAUUUGGGUUCAGUUGCUUGUAGUCUGUAAAUUUAAAAUAGAUUAAUUUUGUACAGGUUACACACAUGGCCGUUUAUGUAAAGUCCUUCCAAGACUACACUUUUUUUUUUUUUCAAAAAAAUUGGAAUUUGUUUUCCCUUCUUGGGAGGGAACAUUGAUAUUUAACAGUUUUUAGAGACUGUCAUCUCAUAUAUAUAAAAUGGAUACGUGGCUAUAAGACACCAUAUAGGAAAUGAGUAGUUAUGUAUUUUAUUUUAUAUGCCAAUCUACUUUAUUGUGACAAGAGGUUUGAAUCACGACUUGUGAAAACCUGUAGUAAAAUACCUUAAGCUGUUAACUGUAAGGUGUGGAAUAGGAGUUGCUCAGUGGAUUGGUUAUAUGUUGUGGACUACUUAAGUCUGCAUUUGUUACUGUGCUAAUAAACAAUAUUAAAACAACCACCUAA